UUUAUCCUUAGCAAAAAAAUAACCUCACUGGUUCCAUCCCUCCAAUCAUAGGAAACCUAAGUGAACUUAACAAGUUAAUCCUUUUUGAGAACCAAUUGUACGGAUCUAUACCACAUCAUAUAGGAAAUCUGAUCAAACUUGAAAAUGUUGCCCUCUCUGUGAAUAACAUAAAUGGCCCCAUUCCUACUGAAAUUGGAAAUCUGAUGAACUUGAGAGUCUUUAUGAUAUAUAACAACCAAAUAACUAGUCCCAUCCCACAUAGUAUUAAAAAUUUGACAAAACUUGAAUUAUUUUUCCUAAGUGAAAACAACCUCAAUGGCUCCAUUCCUUACGAGAUUGGGAAUCUAGUAAACUUGAUAAACCUUGACAUAUCUGUAAACCAAAAAACUAGUCCCAUCCCUCAUGGAAUUGGAAAUCUAACAAAGCUUGAUUCUUGUUACCUGUAUAGUAAUAACAUAAAUGGUUUCAUUCCUAGUGAGAUUGGGAAUCUUAUGAACUUGAAAAAUUUUCAAGUAUCUGACAACCAAGUAACUGGUCCAAUCCCACACAACAUUGGAAACCUGACCAAUCUUCAAACUUUUCACCUAGAUAAUAAUAACAUAAAUGGCAUCAUUCACUCAUCUCUUGGAAAUUUGAAGGGUCUUACUAGAAAUAAAAUUAUUUAACAAUCAUCUCUUUGGUAAAGUGCCUAAUGAAUUUGAGAACCUUUACAAACCUAAUUAUCAUUGACGUAUUUAACAAUAGCCUUUCUGGUAAUCUACCGCCAAAUUUGGGUAACAGGGGUUUGCUUCAGCAUCUUGCUUUAGGAUAUAACAAUUUCCAAGGUCCCAUUCCAAUAAGUUUGAAAAAAGCAAUAAACUUAGUCAGGGUCCGGCUUGAAAGAAACCAAUUCACUGGAGAUGUCUCUCAAAGCUUUGGUGUUCAUCCAUAUUUAUAUUAUAUUGAUCUAAGCUUUAACAAAUUGUCCGGCACUUUGUCACCGUCUUGGGGAGAAUGCCUUAACUUGACAAGCUUUAAAAUAUCAGGCAAUAGAAUCAGCGGACAAAUACCACUGGAAAUCGUUCAAUUGCCAAAGCUGCACCUGCUUGACAUCUCUUCUAAUAAUUUUGUGGGAAAUAUCCCGAGGGAGUUUGGUAAAUCACCUUACAUAUUUCAGUUGAAUAUGAGCAACAAUCAUCUCAUAGGAACCAUACCGCCAGAAUUUGGGGGUCUAUCUUUAUUAGAAGUUCUAGAUCUGUCAAGCAACAAUCUGAGAGGAGAAAUACCAAUCCAUUUGGAGAAUUGCAUUAAAUUGAACUCACUCAACUUGAGUGAUAAUCAACUAAGUGGAGUGAUCCAUUUUCAACUUGGUAAUUUGAACUUGCAUGACAUUCUAGACUUGAGCCACAAUUUAUUCAUAGGAGAAAUACCACAACAAUUAAGCAAAUUAAUGGAGUUGCGAGAGUUGAACUUAUCACAUAAUGAAUUGGUUGGUUCAAUUCCAUCUUCUUUCCAAUCAAUGAUAGGCUUAAUAUCAUUGGAUUUGUCUUAUAAUUCUCUAGAAGGUCUGAUUCCAGAGAGCCAUUUCUUUCAGGCAGCUCCCCUUGAGUAGUUUACCCACAAUAAGGGUUUAUGUGGCCAAGUGCAUGGUUUGCCUCCAUGUCAUCAAUCGUGGUCAGCAAGUAAAGAUGGUGAAGAGAAACAACAAAAAAUCAUUAUCUUAAUUGUUUCUUUGAUAUGUGGAAUUUUAUUUAUCUCAUUUUUUAUAAUUGGAAUAUGCACAUUGCUUUAUUAUAAGAAAAAAAGAUCCACCGUAAAUGACGCAAGAGAAGAAUUUGAUGGACAUUUCUUCUUCAUUUGGAGAGUUAGUCAUGGCAAGGAAGCAUAUAAAGAGAUCAUUAGAGCAACAGAAAAUUUUGACGAAAAGUAUCAGAUUGGUAUUGGAGCUUGUAGCAUAGUGUAUAAAGCCACACUAUCAUCAGGAGUGACACUUGCUAUUAAGAAAAUUCAAGAAGAAGAAGAAGUCCAAGUGAAUGAGGAAGCUUUUCGAAAUGAAAUACAAGCAUUAACUGAAAUUCGGAUCGCAAUAUUGUGAGAUUUUAUGGUUACUACUCUACAAAUAAAUUCAACUUUCUUGCAUAUGAGUAUAUGGAGAGAGGAAGCUUGGGUGCCACUUUGAGAUCUGAACAGGGAGCAAUGGAGUUGGAUUGGAUCAAGAGAGUCAGCAUUGUACGAGACAUUGCUCAAGCUUUAUCUUACUUGCAUCAUGAUUGUCAUCCAUCUAUUGUUCAUCGAGAUAUAACAAACAACAACAUUCUUUUAAAUGAAGAGUACAAGGCUUGUGUUGCAGACUUUGGUAUUUCUCGACCGCUAAAACCUAAAUCUUCACAUUGGAGUUUGCUUACAGGCACAUAUGGGUACAUGGCUCCAGAGCUUGCCUAUGUCAUGAGAGUGACUGAAAAAUGUGACGUAUAUAGUUUUGGGAUUGUAACACUUGAAGUGAUACAUGGAACGAAUCCUGGGGAUCUCCUAAGCAACUUAUCAUUGAGUAUGCUAAUGAAAGAUAUGCUAGAUUCACGUCUUCCCCUUCAUAUUACUGAUCAAGUGACCAUAAACCAAGUGCUUUUGGCGAUUUUGAUAGCAAUGCACUGCAUUGAUGCUGAUCCACAAGCUCGCUCUACAAUGCAACAAGUAUCUCAAAGGUUGUCUUCUCCAAAGUUGUUGCCAGCAUCUAACAACCAUCCUUUUCAAGUACUUACACUUGAUCACCGCAUAAACUUUGUACAAGUGCAUAUUGAUGAUCAAGUGAAUGAAUAAUGGGAACUUAGCUCAUAUUACUAAGCGUCACAAUCAUGGAUGUUGAAUCUUUGUGCUUCCCCUUUACCAAUAAAAAGGCACAAUCCUAGUUACUCAAGGGAGGGUGAUUUGACGACUUUGAGUUUUCAAAGCAGUACACUUUUGUGUUUAUUUGUCUUGGUCAUCCUUAUCUUUGUUAGUGUGAUGUUGCAAUGAAGUCUCCUUUUUAUCUCCAUUAUCUUGUUUUGCUAUAAUUAACUACCUUUUUAUUUUAAUA